CCUGCCUGCGGUCACAUCUUAUUGCCAGAACUUCAGUGACGCGGUGACACUGGAUUUCUGUGUUAUUCAUUCACGCUCUGCGUCAUUUUCUUCGUUGAAUUACGUUUAUUUUGCAAAACAUCUCUUGCCGAGAGGCGCCGCAUUUUGUAUCCUUGCUCGCAGCCCAUUUGGAGCCGCUUUUUGGAUGUUUUGUUGCGGACGGUUAGAGAGCACUGAUCAUCAGCCGACGUUAAGACCUCUCAGCUUUAAGGAUAAAAUUCUUAUUUAGAAACGGUUAGCUAUAUAAUCAGGUAGAUAGGCUACUGGCGUUUUGUGCACACGUCUUUCUACGCUUAACAGCUUAUUAUUGAUCCGUUUUAUUCUGUUGUAGCAAGACAAUUCCCGUCCGUGUUCAUGCCAGAUCGGCAGCGCUUUAGUUUUCCAUACCAUAGCAUGAAUCCUUUGUUGGGUGCCAACACGCAUCUCCAACAGCAUCAGAGUCAAGCUCCCGGACACCCGGACUCUCCUUCAGCACUCCUGUCAGACGCCGUUUUCGGUGGACCGGACCCGACGUCCUUUAUUCUGGGUGAGCAGCACGGGCAGGGGCCUGAUCAUCCGGGGCCUGACUUCACCGCACCCUCGCAGACCUCACUUUACCUCCACCACAACCACAGUCACUACCAGCACCGCGCAGUGCCACAUCCCCCCGCAGCCAUGGCUCUCAGAAACGACUUGGGAUCCAACAUCAGCGUCCUCAAAACUCUCAAUCUGAGGUUCAGAUGCUUUUUGGCAAAAGUACACGAAUUAGAGCGCAGGAAUAAGAUUUUAGAGAAGCAGUUGCAACAGGCGCUGGAUGACAACAACUGCUGUCAAGGUGGAUGCUGUAAGGGCAGGGGGCACACCCAGGAGGCAGGUGUACAGACCGGAUUUGUCGAGACCAUCCCGCUCAUGCCCGGAUCCCUCCCCUUCCACAACACCAACAACUCAGCCAGGAGGCCUACAACACUGUUCACACCACCACUCACAACAGCAUCCGCAGAAAACUCCAGUUCAACCCAAACAAAUGCCACUUGUAACCCAUCCAUCACCAUCAGCCAGGCCUCUCCCUGUGUGGACUCCCCUGGCUCUGGCUCUAAAAGUUUCUCCAACACCAGCGCAGGCCCGGUGAGCUCCACCACCAACCCCCCUCCACGGUUCCUCCCAGGCACCAUCUGGUCCUACAACCACACCCGCAAGUUUGGCCCCGGUGCGGAGCGUCUGACCAGUCCAGGAGUGUCCUGGGUGCACCCUGACGGAGUCGGGGUCCAGAUUGACACCAUCACCCCUGAGAUAAGAGCCCUGUAUAAUGUGCUGGCCAAAGUGAAGAGGGAGAGAGAUGAGUAUAAACGCAGAUGGGAAGAAGAAUACACUAUGAGGAUGGAUCUGCAACAGAAAAUUGGGGACCUACAAGAGGACCUGCAGGAGAGUGAAGGCUGUCAGGACGAACUGGCACUCAGAGUUCAGCAGCUGAAGGCAGAGCUGGUUCUCUUCAAAGGCCUCAUGAGCAAUAACUUCACAGAUUUGGACAGUAAGAUCCAGGAGAAAGCCAUGAAGGUGGACAUGGACAUCUGCCGCAGGAUUGACAUCACCGCUCGUCUCUGUGACGUAGCUCAGCAGAGGAACUGUGAAGAUGUGAUCCAGAUGUACCAGGUUCCUAACAACCAAUCAUCCCUAAACUGCCGCCGGAAACAUACUCCUCUGUCCUUCAACGGAAGCGAGUGUGACGAACCUGUCAGCACCUCUGAAAGUGACGGGGGCGGGGUCAAAGACGAAGAGCACUGUGGCUCAUCAGCCAAUCAGAUCAAUGAGGAGAUGCAGAGGAUGCUGAACCAACUGCGUGAAUGUGAGUUUGAGGAUGAUUGCGACAGUCUGGCCUGGGAGGAGACUGAAGAGACGCUGCUUCUUUGGGAGGACUUCCCAGGAUGCACUCUGCCUCCUGACCCCACCCACCCACCGGGAGAGGAGGACUGUCUGGAACAGGUGAUUAAUGACACAGAAUGUCUUUUCAAGUCCCGAGAGAAGGAAUACCAAGAGACAAUUGACCAGAUUGAGCUGGACCUGGCCACAGCAAAGAGUGACAUGAACCGACACCUCCACGAGUACAUGGAGAUGUGCUCGAUGAAGAGAGGCCUGGAUGUUCAGAUGGAGACCUGCAGGAGACUCAUCACACAGAGUGGAGACCGGAACUCUUCGGCGCCUGCGUCUGCUGAGGACGGUGACCAGAGAGAAAACGACAGGUAUUCGUCCUCUCCACCUUCCUCCAGUGCUGGGAGAUCUUGACACUUCCUCACUCCGGCAGUAAUAGGGCCUGUGGUCACGUAACCUCCACUGCAUCCAGCUACAGUACCACAGUGACGCAAUACACACCUGUAACUAUGGCAACACCAUGUUUACAUAUGAACCUCUUUUAUUUAUGGAGUCAUAAUGUUAAUUUUUCCUGCUGUCCAUGCAAGUCAACUUUGGUUUGAUGAGACCUUUUAGCACUGAAACUAUGACUGAGUAGCAGAGCUGGAUUGUUGUCAUUACUACUUCAUGCAGACGUCACUGCCCUGCAGAGGGGAGAGGUUGGACCUUGUCAUCUUGUGUUUGACAGCAGUAGUCAAGAAAAUGAAUCUAAUAAUGGAUUGUCCUGUGAAGAUUCAGAAAGUUGAGUAUCCUGAAUUUAUUGUAAGUAAAGGGGCUGAUGUUCUUGCAGUGCAGUGCAGUAUACUACAGGAAAGCAUAGCAUGACUUAUUCAAUCCAAACACAGUAAAAACACUUGAUAACCCAGGUAUCUGAUGCUAAUCAAGCAAAUACAUGUUGUAAGGUUACUUCAUAGAGUCCACUCCACGCAUAUUUACAGUCCUGUAAUUAUCUUCUUUCACUACACAAACAAAAUGCACAGGGAGCAGAAUUAGUCAGUUUGAUAUUGAUAAUGAUGAGUCUUUAAAGCCUAAUAAGAUGUCAUGAUUCAGCAUUGUACUGCCUUACAGCUACAGAUUCAGAGCUUGCUUUUCAGAGGCAAAGCAAACAUGAAGUCAUAAAUAAAUCAUACAUCCGUGCUUUAUUUAGCAAACAUAAAAAUUAUAAGACACCAAACAUUAGCUGUGGAGCAGCAGAGUUGUGUCUCUGAAUACCAACAUCCCUCCUCCCUCUUGGCAACAUGAAUUAAGUAUGAUCUUGAAAACAGUAAAAAAAAAGAAAAAGUUUAUAAUUCACUUAUUUAUUUGCUGCCAAUUGCCUGAAUCCAAACUGGAUUUUAUGGGAGGAAUCCACUUUGAAACAGUGUAUCCAUGUUAUCCAUUGCUGAUAUACUUUGGAUUUCUUGGCACACAGAGAGUCAAAUUAAAUCUAUGAAUAAACAUCUCAUCAUGUCACAACGUUUUAUUAUUUUAACAACGCUUUAACAGGGGGUUGCACUUUGGUGUCAGGCUUAGGAAGAGCACACCACACCACUCUAACAUUGCAACCCUCAUACACAAAUAAAAUCUAUCCUAGAAUAGCCACCGACAUCAAUUUGCCAGUGGGAAUUUUCAAAAAUAACUAACUAGAGCACAGACAAAGUAAUUUACAACAUUUCAUAACAAAGAGAACCCCAUCUGAAAUGCAGACAAAACUGUUAAUGGUGCUUCAUAAGAAACAGCAGAGAAGAAUGUUUGUCAGCGUCAGAGGGAAGCAUGUUUGAGGCAAACGGAUGCUGAUCUGGAGUCAGUGUUGGCUCUUCGUUCUGCUCUCUGCCAAUAAAAGUACUGUGUGAUGAAGUGCACUGACACCCAAGUGUCAUGUAGCUGUUAGUAAUUAGUUUCAUUUUCAGCAGUAAUGCUUAGAUUAGAGUCAGGCCCUGUGUUUUUCGAGCACAGCUGCAUGUUUGAGCAGAAUCACUUUUAAAAGGAGAACAAAAGGAAAUAAUGUAAGUUAGCUGUUGAGUGCCAAAAUAAAAUGGUCAGAUUGUAAAUCAAGAGGUAAUUGCUGUAAAAUAAUAAAACAAUGUCUAAAUAUAGCUGCCAAAGCUAUUUCACCAGGGUGCUUGAUGUAUAAAAUAAACCUGUUUUUGAGCCUGUUUGCACAAAGGAAGAGCAAAGCAAAAAUGUAUAUAAAACAAUCAGCACUAUUGUAAAACAUGAAACAUACAAAUGUUGACACGCUGGAAAAAGAAAACUAUAUUUCUUCUAUUGAUAUUUCCUCAUCUUUUACAUGUUGCAGGUGGGGUACUAGAUUAAUGAAUUUAAACACAAACGCAUACGUCAUUUUAAUAACUUCAUUUGUGUUUUUCAGGGCACUUUCAACCAUGAAAUUUAACUCAGACACACUGCUAAAGUAAAACAUACUGUAUGUUGGCAUACUGCUGGAAAUCAUCACUGUCAGGGGAACGCCCCCCACCCAUCACUGCUCUAUUAUCAGACACCGUUGUCUAAAUAUAGUCCUGGCUGUAGUUUCUUCUGUGUGGUUGUACAAGGUGAAAUAUUUCUUCUGCUUCUACUACGACUCACACUACAACACUUUGUUUCAAUAAUAAUGAUUGUAAGAGGGCAGAUUUGAAGCUUAUGUAAUCUCAUGCAUGUGUGGCCGUUGGAAUUAGCUGAAUGCUAAUCGCAGUGUUUCCACUACUGUUUGAACACAGAAGGAGGAUGUGAGAGAUAAAUUGUGUGAGACAUAAAACACGCCAUUUCCCUUUGUAUAGUUUUACUUUUAUGCACUGAGUGAGUCUCUAUGUAUGCAUGUGCCAGUGUGUAUGUUUUUGGGUGUUAUGUCUGUAUAGCGAGUGUUUUUAAAAAGACUUUUACUGGGGCAAAUGUACAACAUGAAGAAGAAGGAAACAUUACCAGUCCAAUUUGAUAUUGUCUCUAUGUUUAGCAUUUGAGACUAAGCUGUCUUUUUUGACAAUAAUCACCUCAAAAUUGUAAAUAUUUAAAUGAUAAUGGAGUUUUUUCCAUUGGUACUUUUUCUUUAUGAGUGUAUGUGGUUGCCAAACAAAGUCAAUUUAAAAAUAACUCAAGUUAAAAACAAAACAAAGCGGAACUUCUGAAAUGCAAAUGCUUUAGCGAAUUGACUGUAAGAUGGCUUUGAUAUUAUACCGUAUGUGUAAAGGAAAUUUAGCUUUGAAUAUAUAUACCUGUGUUCAAAGAUUGCAAAUGAAGAAUGUCCACAGUCACACACCUGGAAAGAAAAUCUAUUUAGUUUUUUAAUAGAAAUAAUUCCAGUUAAUAAAAAAAUAAAAGAGUUUUUGACACUUCUUAAUGUCUUUACAGAGGAGACAAAAUAUUGAGAUUAAGUUUGUGUCACAAAACAAUUUGAUGAUAAUUCUAAAAGUACUCCAGAUGUGUGACGAUGCAGCUUUAAACACCAAGACAGUAAUUAAGGCUAAGAAGCUUCACUGCAGAGCUACAGUAUGUAAUGUGUCAAGACUGAAAGAAU